AUGAACAAAGGAACAAUGAAUAAUGAGCAGAAUGAUAAAAAAAUGCUCGAUAAUAACGAGACUGAAGAUACUCCAUCUGAGACGUCAGACAAAAAUUUAAAAACAGGGCCUGGAGUAUCUGAAAGCCCAACAAUGUCGACAACUACUUCUUCAAUUACAACGCAGUCAACAAUUACUGCAAGUCAGAUGAGUACACCAAUGACUCAGUCAAUUGCUGCUUUUAAGACGAGUACACCAACAACUCUGUCAAGCACCAUUGGAAACCCACCGAUUUCCACAACAACUCAAUCGAGUAGCAGCAGUGGUAGUACCCCUACCACUGAACAGACUGUACAACCAGAACUACUACAGUUCCUGUGUAAACAGCGCGAAAACAUCGAGCUUCAAAACAAAGGUUUUGAGGCAAUGAAAACCUUGAGCCUAAUUAAUAAGACAUCUGAAAAUUUAUUGACGGCAGAACGGCUUCGAAUGCAAGGUACUCGAGGUAAUUUACUUAACUCGACCACUUUUCUAGACGAAAGUUCAACUCAUAUGGGUGUUGAAAUAGAAGCUCAAUCCAGCCCGCAAGAUAUUAACAUAGAAGUAACUAAGGCUCUUAAUGCUUCGAUUACUGCUUUAAAAAGUACACUAGAAUCAAGCAAAAAAUCUCAAAAUUAUCAGGUACCAAGAAAAUAUACUCUUAAUUCAGAUAGUGACAUCAACAUUUGGUUGGAUAAACUUAAAUCUGAAUUAUCAUCAAAAGAUCUAUUAGAUGUUAUUGACCCAACGGUCAUUGGUCCUGAUAAUUUAGACGUACAAACAAUUACAAAAAAAAAGCAAGCAGUAAGAGAAAUCAUUACUAGCCAUUUAGAUGAUAAAUACUAUAAGAGGGUUCUCACUAUAACAGACCCUAUUAUGGUAAUAACAAGUCUAAAAGAAGCUAAGAGGGUCGAAAAGAAUGUCACUCACACUUCUGUUAGAACGAAGCUGUACGGCAUGAGAUUGAAACCAAAGGAGAGUAUUGAUGAAUUCUGGAAUAAAUUCGACAACACCAUCGUUGGAUAUGAGAGCUGUGAUAACGCAGUACCUCUGACAGAUGAAGAGAAACGGUCAGCUUUUACCAAGCUGUCAGUAAAGUAAUUCCAGAAGCUCGAACUGCUGAUUUAUUGCAUCGGCAAUUUAAAGGCAGAUCAAUGACUCUGGUUGAGUUGAGGUCUCAUUUGCUGCAGCUGGAAGCUGAGAAGAAGUCAGAAACUUCUCAAGAACAAGACGCGUGGGCAAACCAAGCAAAACGGUUUAAAUCACACCAUGACAACUGUUAUAGAUGCAAUAAGACGGGUCACUACGUCAAACAGUAUCCUUUAGCAGCAACUAGUGAAUGGUACUGUUAUAUUUGUAAAGUGAUCACUGAUCACAAUACAAAUUCUUGUCCAAAAAAUGAGGACAGUCAAAAUUCAGGCAGGUCUGACUACAGACGUGGUCGUGGUCGUGGUAGAGGUAGAGGUAGAGAUGCUUUUAGAAGAGGUACGUUCUUCAAAGGAGGUUUUGGUGGCAAAUCCAAAGAAUACACCAAAUCCAAGCCGAAGACGUUCAAAAAGCAAGCAGCCCCACCAAAGGAUGGAGAUAAAAAGAAACCACAAGCACGACAAGCAGGUAUGAAUUUUGAAUAUAUAAAUAAUGUAGAUAAUAUUACGUUUAUUGCGGACUCAGGCGCAACUGAGCAUAUAAUUAACAAGAGUUUGAUUUUGAGUAAUUUUAAACAUUGCACAGGCGUGGUAAUUAAAAGUGCAAAUAAAAAUAAGUCAGCUGACAUAGUAAUAGAUGGAGUCGGUGACCUUUACUUAAAAUCAAAUCUUAGCAAAAUAAAAUUAACGAACGUAUUAUCUGCAGAAAAUAUCGCAAAUAACUUAAUUUCUCUUAGACGAUUUGUAGAUGCUGGAUUAGGAAUAUUUUUAGAUGAUAAAAAAUUAGAAAUAUUCGAUAAAGAAACAGGUGAAACAUGUUUAACAAGAAAAUAUGUUAAACCUAACUGGCUUGUUACCUUCGAGGUAAAACAUGCUGAGGAGUUUAAUAGGCCAAAUUACACAACGUACUCUUGUACUGCUGAAAUUAUUUCUCCAAAUGAAUUUUCCGAACAAUCUCAAACGGUACCUGUUGAUUUAAAUUUGCAAAAGAUGGAGGGAGAUUUAGAUGUUUUCUCUCAUAAAUCAACAUCAUCUGAGCUUGGGAGGGAGAGUCAGAAGAAAAGUCUUUUGGAGAAAAAUAGAAGUAAUAUAGAAGCAGAAAUCACAGAUUUUUUAUUAGAGAGUCAUUCCAUCUAA